AGAGGUGAUGAUGUAACAGCAGACCGGCUCGCACACUUUAAAGUACUGGCAGGAGGAAGGCGAGGCGGCGAAUAUGCCCACAAGGGACGCGGGUCCAGCAACACCUUGGCACGGGUCCUCUUCACUGUGGGUUGAUAGUGUUCUUUCCAAAAUAAGGCAGGUUGGCUCCAACGGGAUGUUCCGGAAACUAUUGUGAAGACAGGAAGUGGUCCAAAUGGCAGCGCAUGUUUUCAAAUGUCUGCGUCGGCCUGGACACUAGAACAACAGGUGUUUGGCGUGAAAGUGAUGUUUAUGAUCAAUAUGACGCACUCCCCGUUGACAACUUCCUCAAAAGAGGAGAAGCCAUGUCCAAGAAGACUCAUUUGACCCAGAUUGAAGUUAUACCAUGCAAGAUCUGUGGUGAUAAGUCCUCUGGAGUGCAUUAUGGUGUCAUCACAUGCGAGGGCUGCAAGGGAUUCUUCCGUCGUAGCCAGCUGCCUACGGUAUCCUACUCCUGCUCGAGACAGAGUAACUGUACCAUCGACCGAUCCAGCCGCAACCGCUGCCAACACUGCCGCCUGCAGAAGUGCUUAGCCCAGGGCAUGAGCAAAGAUGCUGUGAAAUUUGGACGGAUGUCCAAGCGCCAGCGUGACUCUCUAAUUGCUGAAGUCGAGCGGCACCGACUGCAGCAGCAGCAGCAACUCCAAAUGGACGCCCAAUUAGGGUUGUCCUACCGAGCCAAGGAGUGCCAAGAUUGCCCCUCGCAGCUUCUUCAGCCCGUGGCUUCAGCCUACUCCUACAGCGGGGACUCUGAGCUGCUGUCCUUCACUGCUGAUGUCCACCCUUAUCUUUUGUGCUCCCCCAACCAGCAAAUGUCUGAUAUGAUCUCCAGAAACUCCAAUCUCUCACCCUCUUCCAGAACUCACAUGAGGUUGGACGGCAGUGGACACGCUGACUUAAGAGGGUUAGACUCCAGACCGUCAGCACAUGACUUAAUGGCGCUUCAUCCCUACAACCAGCUCGAGGACCCCCGUGGCCCCUAUUGUCGCAAUAUAGAUGAGUUGUGUGCCAGCAUUGUCCGCUCAAACAAAGACACCUGCCAGUACCGAGUGGAGGAACUGCAGGCGCUGAAGUGGAAGGUGUUCAGCAGGGAGGAGGUCCAAGCUUACCAGAGUAAAUCGGUGGAUGAGAUGUGGCAACACUGUGCGGUUCGGCUGACGGAUGCCGUGCAGUUUGUGGUGGAGUUUGCCAAACACAUCCCUGGUUUCCGUCUGCUCAGCCAGAACGACCAGAUCGCCCUUCUGAAGACCGGUUCUAUGGAGGUCGUUCUGGUGAGGAUGAGUCGCUUCUUCAACACAGAGAACAACACCGUCUUUUUUGAUGGCAAAUUUGCUGGAACCGAAGUCUUCAAGUCUUUGGCGUGCGCCGAUUUGAUUGCCGCCGUUUUCGACUUUGCUCACAGCGUCUGCGCUUUGAAGCUCACCGAGCAGCAGGUGGCUCUCUUCAGCGCUCUGGUCCUGAUCAAUGCAGAUCGUCCAUGCCUGGAGGACAGAGGCAGAGUGCAGCGAGUGCAAAGAAGCGUGGAAUUCGGUCUGACACACAUCCUACACCGAGACAACCGGGACAGCCUAAUGCAUAAGCUGUACCAGAGGAUGUCUGUGUUGCGUUCACUGUGCAGUCUGCACAUGGAGAAGUUGCGCUGGUUCAGUCAGCGCUACCCGCUCAUCGCUCACACUCUCUUCCCGCCUCUCUACAAGGAGCUGUUUGCCUCUGAAGCAGAGCUGCUGCCUGAGAACACACACUGAUGACGCAUAACACACACACACCUCCACUCACUGGUACACUUAGAUAUUUAAAUAAAUUGCUCAACUUGGCAAUAUGCUUGUUAUUGUGGUCGUAGUCAGCACCACAAUGCAUCAUACUGAGAUAUCAAUAUUUUGACCCUUUCAUGUUGCUAUGGUAACAAAACUAGUAAAAACAUCACACCAACAAUGAAGGAGUUAUCAGCAUAAGAUAGUUCCACUGCAUUGUAUACAUGUUACAUAUUACAUA